AUGAAUUCAACGGAAUUCCUCCAAGAGACGUUAAACACAACUAACGAGACACUUAAUUUUAAUUGCGGCACUGACUUACGGAUAGUUGCAGUCGUUCAUCAAGUAAUAUAUACCAUUGUUUGCGUGGUAGGAUUACUCGGCAACACUCUGGUGAUCUACGUAGUGCUGCGAUUUUCCAAAAUGCAGACCGUGACAAAUAUGUACAUAGUAAAUUUAGCAAUUGCCGACGAAUGUUUUCUCAUCGGGAUACCAUUUUUGGUGACAACCCUGAGCUUGAGAUACUGGCCGUUCGGAGAAAUAAUGUGCAAAGCGUACAUGACAACAACGAGCAUAAAUCAAUUCACCAGCAGUAUAUUUCUUUUUAUCAUGAGUGCGGAUCGGUAUAUUGCAGUUUGUCAUCCGAUCUCCGCAACUAAGAUGCGAACGCCAUUUAUCUCAAAGGUCGUCUCAAUGACAGCGUGGUUUACCAGCGCUCUGUUUAUGAUACCUGUGGUUCUGUACGCCAACGUCAAUGAAUUCGACAACGGGAUAAGCUGUAAUAUAUACUGGCCUGACAACAACAUCGAAAAUAAGACCCACGGAAAUCAAACGGGGCUGGAUGAGCAUCAAAUGCACGGUGGACAAACCACUUUUACACUCUACACAUUUUUUCUGACAUUUGCAGUUCCUCUGACGUUUAUUUUGGUGUUUUAUUUUUUGGUAAUUAAAAAACUCCGGACAGUCGGUCCAAAAAAUAGAUCCAAGGAGAAAAAACGCUCGCAUAAAAAAGUAACCAAGCUUGUACUGACUGUUAUAACUGUUUAUGUCCUUUGCUGGCUUCCUUAUUGGAUCACACAAGUAGCGCUGAUUUAUGAGCCGCCUAAACAGUGUCAAUCUUCGAUAAGCAUCACUGCCUUUCUUCUAGCAGGAUUUUUGAGCUACUCUAACAGCGCCAUGAAUCCAAUUCUUUACGCUUUUCUCAGUGACAAUUUCAAAAAGAGCUUCCUCAAAGCCUGCACUUGUGCAGCUGGCAAAGACGUAAACGCAACUUUGCACAAUGAAAACAGCGUUUUUCCGAAGAAAAAUAAAUCUGACCACGACAGAUUCAAAUCUAGCAAAGCUAUCGCUUCUGCUAAUUCCAAAGCUAAACUUGAAGAGGAGGACGACGAGCGUGGUCUGCUUAUCAGCAAAACAUCAACAACCACAAUUACCAUGACUUCCCGGACAAAUAUCACGAUAAUAAGCGACUCCAAGGAGCAAAAGGGACUCAAAGGUUCGGGGCAGAAAGAUAAUUUGAGAAAUGGCGCACAACUUACGCUACUUACACAAGUUUAA